AUGGAGAUGCUCCCCGAACCGCUGCUGCUCCGUAUCCUGUCUUCCGUGCCGGCGGUGGAUCUGAUCCUGGUCUGCCGCCUGGUUUGCUCCCAAUGGAAGGCCUUGAUUGAUGGGGCAGCCCUUUGGCUCCUGAAGUGCCAGCAGGAAGGAUUUGCAGGACAAGAGGCAGAAGAAGACGGGGCCGAAAGCUGGCAGAUGCUCUACUUCCUCAACAAGAGGAAGAGGAACCUCAUCAAGAACCCAAAUGGAGAAGAGGGUCUGGAACAUUGGGUGGAUCUGGAGAAUGGGGGCGAUGGGUGGAAUACGGAGGACCUGCCAGGAGAUUUUGGGAAGGACUUCCCCAUUGAAGACGUCCGUCAGUACUUUGUCUCAUCCUUUGGCUGGUGCAGCAAGGCUCAAGUCAUCGAUCUCCGGGCCGAGGGAUACUGGGAAGAGCUGAUGGACACCGUCCAGCCCAAAAUUGUGGUGAAAGACUGGUACGCUGCUCGGUGUGACGCUGGCUGUCUCUACAGCCUGAAGGCCAAGCUGCUCUCGGAGAAUGAAGACGUGGUGGCCGAGUUCGAGAGUGACACCAUCGCAGUCCCCCAGGACAAUGAAGGCGAAUGGAAUGAGAUUACCCACACCUUCAGCGACUAUGGCCCGGGCGUUCGCUUCGUCCGCUUUGAACAUGGAGGCCAGGACACCUGUUUCUGGAAGGGAUGGUAUGGGGCGCGGGUGACCCACAGCAGUGUCACGGUCGAGCCUUAAGGCCCGGAUCCAGAGUAAAGGGUUUGGCGGAAUUUUUGACUUCUGGGGACAACGGGAUUUCACUACAUUUCCCGAUCCAAUAUCACCUUCCCCAGAGAAAUGAGGCUACGCAUAGCUUGAACACCGCAUGCCUAAUAUAUGAGGGGGGGGGGGGUGCUGGGCAUUGUAGUCCAAGUUAACCCCUAGUUGUGUUUGGAAAUAAUGGACUCAAUGGAAGGUCGCAACCAUGCGCUGGCUUGUAUCUGACUUACAGCAAACCUAUGGCAAAGUUUCCCCAUUUGUCAUUGUCUAACUCUGAAGCCGAGAGAGUGUGACUCGCUAAGUCACCCAAUGGGUCUCUAUGGCCAACAAUGGAGAUUCGAACCCAAGUGUCCUUGGAAAAGCGCACUGACAUGCAAAUAAAUAUCUCACCACAAGCCUAA